GCAGCGCUCAGCGCCGACCCCACCGUCCUGGGCAAGUACCGGGCUGGAUUCAACGAGUGCAUGAACGAGGUGACCCGGUUCCUGUCCACCUGCGAAGGGGUGAACACCGACGUGCGUACCCGCCUGCUCAGCCACCUCUCGGCUUGCCUGGGCCAGAUCGUGGCCAUGAACUACCCACCACCACCACCUCCACCACCACCUCCAGCCAGCCAGCCCGCACAUCUGGCACAGCAGCCCCUGCACGUCCAGCUGCCCCCCGCAGCAGCCGGAGCAGUGCCUGUGCCCUGCAAGCUCAACCCCGCCGAAGCCCUGUCCCCCAAGGUCUAUGGGGGCUUCCAGCUCGUCCCUGCUACCGACGGCCAGUUUGCUUUCCUCAUCCCAAAUCCAGCCUUUCCUCCCAGCUCCGGACCCGUUAUUCCCUUGUAUGCCAACACCAACGUCCCGGUGUCCGCAGAGCGGCUCGGGAAACGCAUCCGCCACCCCGUCAGCAUCCCCGGUGCAGGGAUUGACAUCAUUUGGGGGCAGAUUGUUCCAGCAUCCCAGGCGGGAAGUCCCGUUGGAGAGCGCAGUGAAUCCGUGUGGAGACCGUGGUGA